GGGCUGAGCCGAGCGCAGUGGCCGCCGACCACCGAGCGCCCCGCGCCGCUCCCUGCAUGUGCGGCCCGCGGCGGCUCGCAGCCCCCGGCAGCAGCCUCGGCAGCUUCGGCCGCGCCUCGAGAGGCGGCUGCAGCGGCUCCAGCAGCGGCCAAGUGGCCGAACCCGGGCUGGGAGACACGAUGCGCCGCGUCCUCCGGCUGCUCCUCGGCUGCUUCCUCACCGAGCUGUGCGCCCGCGUGUGCCGGGCGCAGGAGCGAGCGGGGCACGGGCAGCUGGCGCAGCUGGGCGGCGUGGUGGUGCUGGCGGGGGGCAACCGCUCCGGGGCCGCCUCGGGAGAGGUCGGCGAGGGCGUGGGGGUCUCGGACGCGCCCCCGACCCGGGCGCCCACGCCGGACUUCUGCCGGGGCUACUUCGAUGUCAUGGGCCAGUGGGACCCGCCGUUCAACUGCAGCUCGGGCGACUUCAUCUUCUGCUGCGGGACUUGUGGCUUCCGGUUCUGCUGCACGUUUAAGAAGCGGCGACUGAACCAGAGCACCUGCACCAACUACGACACUCCGCUCUGGCUCAACACUGGCAAGCCCCCCGCGCGCAAGGACGACCCCUUGCAUGACCCUACCAAGGACAAGACCAAUCUGAUCGUUUACAUCAUCUGCGGGGUGGUGGCCGUCAUGGUGCUCGUGGGCAUCUUCACCAAGCUGGGGCUGGAGAAGGCGCACCGGCCCCAAAGGGAGCACAUGUCCAGGGCCCUUGCGGAUGUCAUGAGGCCCCAGGGCCACUGCAACCCUGAUCACAUGGAGAGAGACCUCAACAUCGUGGUCCACGUCCAGCAUUAUGAGAACAUGGAUACCAGAACCCCCAUAAACAAUCUCCACACCACCCAGAUGAACAACGCGGUGCCCACCUCCCCUUUGCUCCAGCAGAUGGGCCACCCACAUUCCUACCCCAGCCUGGGCCAGAUCUCCAACCCCUACGAACAGCAGCCGCCGGGGAAAGAGCUCAACAAAUAUGCGUCCUUGAAGGCAGUCGGAAGUUCUGAGGGUGACUGGGCAGUGGCGACACUUAAGUCACCAAAAGCCGACAAGGUAAAUGAUGACUUCUACUCCAAGCGACGGCACCUGGCCGAGCUGGCUGCCAAGGGCAACUUACCUCUGCAUCCCGUAAGAGUGGAGGACGAGCCACGGGCCUUCAGUCCCGAGCACGGCCCCGCCAAGCCGAAUGGACAGAAGUCCCGCACCAACAAGAUGCCCCCCCACCCCCUGGCCUACAACUCCACCGCCAACUUCAAGAGCUGGGACCCCAAGGAUCAGUCUCUCCGGCGGCAGCAGCCUUAUGGGAACAAGGGCAAGCUUGGCACUGCUGAGUCGGGCUCCAGCGACCCCUUGGGGACUCGCACCCAGCACUACCCACCCCCACAGCCAUACUUCAUCACCAACAGCAAAACAGAAGUGACUGUCUGAGCUGUCACCACAGGGGACAUCCUGGAGACCACACUCAACUGAGAGAGGCAAAAAAAUACCCCCAGCCCACACUGUUCCUGUUCCCUGCCCGCACACCCACCCACACGCAUACUUUCCACACCAACCAACGGCAGACUUACCGGCGACGUGGAAUCACGCUUUUCCUGGGUCCUGCCCAACACAUGUCGGCGGGCAGCUGAGCAAGACCGGAGCCUGGACGGUCAGCAAUACAGCAAAGGGGAAAGUGAGGCACCCUCCUUCGACCUCAGGCCGAGGUGGCCAACUCACGUGCCCACAUCUUGGGGCUGAUUUUUCUCCUCCUCCCAACUUGAAACUGAAAUCCAUGAUGAAGAAAAUAAAAGUAGCACAAUUUAGAUAAAUUGUCCAUUUGAGCACAUAGACCAUUUACCACGCAUUAUCUAGUUCUGGGUGAAAGAGCCAGAAAGGGGAGAAGGGUAAAUGGUGACACCCUCUGAGGGGUGUAGAAAAGAGGGGUUGUUUGGAGAGGAAACAGGGCAUGUAAUAAGCAUUUUCUUAUCCCUGGAAGUAGUGACGUGAUGAGCGUGAGACAGUAACUGGACCCCCACCAUGCUAUUGAUAGUACUUUUCACAUCAUCAAUGUUGAAAAGCAAAAACAACACACACUCAAACUCACAAAAAAAAAAAAAAAAAAAAAGACUCCGAACCCACCGCCAGUGAUGGGAAGGAAAGACCUUUCAGAGAACGCCCAUACAGACCAUGAUCGUGGAAAUGGGAAGGGACGGCUUCUCUGGUGGGGAGAGGGUCCAGAAAGUCUUAAAUAACUUUUUUUUAAGAAAAAUAAAAUAUAACCCCACCACAAAACAGACAAGAACAGCAGAGAAAUUUGUGUCCACCGUCUUCAAGACUUAGGAAAUGAGCAUCAUCAAAGAACAAACAAAAAAGUCCACAGCUCAAGUGUCAACAAGAGGUGAGAAGGGGACCCCGAGCCUCCGAUUUCUGGCGUUGCCCCCUCGCCUCUGAGACAGGAAACAGACACAGAAAUCAGUUCUCUAUUAACUGUCUCUCCCCAACUCCCUUCUCCUUCAGCCUGUUGCUGCCGCCGCCGCUGCCGAAUUUCAACUGCUUUGGACUGAAAAUGUCAUGAGCGUGGGUGGUGCCUUCGAUGUGUCACUGUUGAAUGACAGUCUUGUUUCCCAAGUGCAACCUGUGUUCUCUCAGCCUUCCUCCCUUCUGUUUUCUGCAGUGGUAGAUGUUUCCAUCCUCCCUGUGUUGGUAAAAGCCCACCCCGUCACACCCUCUGAGGGGGCUGCCCCAAUCUGCAAAGACCCAGACCUCCCACCCUCCCACACUGUCAGAGCCCCGCAAGCCCCACCGUUUUCUAGCUCCCUCAACCUGUGAAGCAUCUCUGGGUCCCAUCUUUCCCAGGGUCCCUCCAGUCCAUCUCCCCGGACAGAGCAAGGCCGUCAUCUUCCGUCCACAAUUCCCUGGGGUAGGUGUUCAGAUUGGUUCUCAUCGUGAGUGGGUAUCCCAAGAAAGUCAGGUGUCCUGCCAGUUCCGUUUGUUUGGUGGAAGCCCAAAGAGGGGAGUUGACAGAGAAGAGAUUUUCAUUUACAGCGGGACGUUUUCAGCCCGUCCCUAAAGGGCUUAGCUGAUGAGCAGGAACCUGGGAGAGGCCCCGAGCUCUUCCGGUAUCGGGAGCUGCACCUGGUCUAGUCCUGCAAGACUCUUCCUGGAAUGCUGGACGGCAUUCUGCCUUCCCUACUCUCUGCUCGCACAUCGGGGCAGGGAAACCAGCCGGGAAUGCUCUUUCUUACUCCCUGCUGAUCUGGGGACGUUGACCGUGCAUUUUCUCGCUCUGGGCUUUACUCUCCCAUCUGAAACAUGGGGAACUGGGGUGAGAUCGAGCUUUUCAGGCUUUUUGGAAUAGCAAAACCUCUGCCCAUUUUUUUUUUUUUUUUAAAGCGAAAGACCCUCUGUAAGAUCCCUGUGUAUAGGAGGGUCUGUGCUGGAUGAAGUAGGGGUGGGAGAUUUAGUGCCCGCUUUCUCAGCUGCUUGGCUGAAACCCCAGCUCUCCUCACUGUGGAGUAAACUCCCCUGGGUUUGGUCAGUGUUUCCUUGAUGUUAUCUGUGUACCUGCAGCACAUGUCCAGCAUCUCUGUGUGCCACUGUCACAGUAUUUGUACCUAAAUCAAUUCAUUUCUCACACAUUUAACUUUGGAAAGGAAAACUUUCCACCAUUAUGGCAAAUAGCAAACCAAUAUCAGUCCCUCUAAAAGGAAAGUAAGUAUAAAAUCAGUACCAAAGUAACAGUGCAGCCGUUGUUCUGUUCUAGCCUCAGGCUAUUGACCAUGGAAGGGUUUGAAGCUGAAGCCUGGCAUUUGCUCCCUUCAUUCUCUCCCCUUCUCUUCCUUCCCUGCCUUCCCUUUCUUUCCCUCUCCCCUUGUCUUUAUUAAAAACAGAUUAGCAGAUAUUAAAGAGUUGUUAAAGACAUACUGGCACUCCGUGAAAACUUUCUCCUUGAAGUAAUCAAAUGGACGGAUGAAAAUGAAAAAAGAAUCAUUUCUUAUGUGACUCCAUAUUCAUCAGUGCUCUAUCCGUGUAUUUAUGACUCAAAAAUCUCCUCGCAUCGGCAAGUGGUACACAGCGCAAACUUCAGGAAAUACUGGGUGGGCUUGUCCGUGAGGUUCCAUCCAGCACAUAAGUUCUAUAAUUCUAGUCUCCCUUUUAGUUCCCUUCCGCUCCUAGCCCUCCAUCCCCUUCGCCUGACCUUUAUCCCAGCCCUGAUUAAGGACCUUCUUGAUCUCUGAAUCUAGGGGAUUUAUUCUUCGUGUUCCGUCUCUUCUGAGUAAACUUCAUGCAGUGGGUUUUAUUAGCUGGAGCUCUGCAGCUAGAAUUUGGGCAGCAGAGUUGCAGCGUGGUCCAUAAGAUGUAGCAGUGUUGAGAGUCCCAAGAAGAACAGUACUUCUCAGCCUCGUUACCUUUCUGUUGGCUAUGGGAGCUGAACUGAGGUGGGGGAGGGCUUGGACACGGAAGUUGAUUCUUUGGCUUCUUCUAGGGAGGGUGGACAGACAUCGUGAGACUGAAAGUUGAUCAUGAAAGAUGUCCUGGGGAACUGUGACUGCCGUGUAUCAGCAAGGAUUGUUUAGCUAGAAUGGAGGGACUUAGAAGAGAGAAGUCAGAACAAUGUAGGGAGACUUUCCCUUCCCCAUCUCAUGCCCUGGCAGUAGCCUCUUCGUCUUCUCUUUAGCUACCCGCCCAACUUCCAACCCAAAGGGCCCAGAGUCUGACUGCCCUUUGCCCUCCCAGAGCGUCUCAGCCUCCACCUGCCUUGGGCUCCGCCUGGCAUCCCCCCACCCUCAAAGUCCCCCCAGUUUUUUGUGUAAAUGGAGCAUAUUUUAUGUGCGAAUAUUUUAGUAACCAUAUGUUCUGCAAGUAAACCUGUGUUAAUACUUGUCAACAACUGCAGAGUUUAUGAUACCAAUAAUACUUCCUACAAUGAAGAGAAAAAAAAACAUUUGUUUGUUUUCUAAGAAUGUUUAUUUGUAAACAUAUGUAUUCACUAUAUUAAUAUGAAUUUCUUACCUGGCAAUAAAACUGAUUAUAUGUGA